AUGACAGGUCACAACUAUUUGUUUGCGAGCGACGAGGACGACCAGUCCAGCAUUCGCUAUGUGCGUGUCUCCAAGAUCCAGUCGAGCGGAAAGCCACCAGCACCACUCACGAUAACCGCACAGAUCGCGGGACAGGAGUUAUCUAUGGAAGUAGACACGGGCGCUGGUGUCUCUGUUUUACCAGCCGCAACAUACGUGCACUUGUUCUCCAAACACCCGCUUCGCCCAGCAAAACUGGUGCUGCAAGCCUACAACGGUGAAUCGCUUCGAUCGCAAGGCGUGCUGCGCUUGCCUGUCACCAUCAACGGUCAGCAAGCGGAGGCUGAGCUGUACGUGGUCGACUGCGAGGGCCCAGCAUUGCUAGGACGCACAUGGCUCCAGCAAUUUCGCCUCAACUGGACAGAGUUGGCGGCUAUCAGGAAUGUGAAAUCCUCACUCCAGGAGUUACAACGUGAAUUUGCAGCGGUAUUCAAUGAUGAACAAGGAUUGUUCAAGGGGGCGAAAGCCAAGCUCACGCUGAAGUCUGAUGCGACUCCAAAGUUUGUCAAGGCACGAUCGGUGCCAAUGGCGCUGAAACCCAAGGUUGAAGCAGAGAUACGUCGCAUGGAGGCUGCCGGGAAUCCUCACUCCGGUGGAGUCAGGCUAUGUCGAGACUUCAAGGUGACGGUGAACCCCCAGCUCCACAUCGACCAACACCCGUUGCCGCUCAUCGAGGAGAUCUUUGCCUCACUCUCCGGAGGGCAAGAGUUUACAAAACUCGAUCUGAAGGCAGCGUACACGCAGAUGGAGGUGGACGACGAGUCGAAGCCCCUGCUUACGCUCAACACCCAUCUGGGUCUGUUUCGACUCAACCGUCUCCCAUACGGGAUUGCGUCUGCUCCAGCGCUAUGGCAACGAGCCAUGGAUUCUCUGCUACGAGACCUGCCAGGCGUUAAGUGCAUGAUUGAUGACAUCAUCGUCACUGGCCGCACACCGGAGGAACACCUCAACACGCUGAUGAAGGUGCUCCAACGUCUCGCUGAUGCGGGCCUCAAACUCAACCUGGCCAAAUGCCCACUUCUUUCAGCCGAAAGUGGAAUAUUGCGGCCACGCCAUCAGCGCACAAGGCCUGCACACGAUGCCGAGCAAGGUUGA